AAUAUUUUGAUGUUAUUUUUUAUAAUUUAAAUUAUAACAAAUUGAACUGGUUGUGAAAAAGGAGCAACAUUUUCUAUAUUAAAAAAGAAAAAGAAUUGCCGCGAAAUGUUCUCGAAUUAAAAAAGUUCUUCUUUUAUCUUUUUGAAAUUAUUAAGAAAUAAAAUGGGUGAUUCUAAAUAUUUAGUUUGUGCUAUAGUGUUGUGUUUACAAAUUGCAAGAGCCGAUAAUGAAGUUGCCGAAAUCGAAAGAAUAUUUUCACCGUGCCAUAGAAAUUCUACAGAUUUUGAUGUUUGUAUGAAACGAGCACUCAACAAAUUAAGACCAUUUUUCAAAUUAGGUAUUCCCGAGUUGGGAGUGGCGCCCUUCGACCCUCACCACGCGGAUGAAGUGGUGCAGGUCCGUUCGUUUGGAGGCCUUGGCUACACACUGACACUGAAAGAUGUCUACGAGGGAGGAUGGACUCAGUCAAUUGCCACUAAGUUCAAAACCGACUGGGAUAAUGGUCGCAUCAUAUACUCACAGUAUUUCCCAGAGAAAUGGCUAUAUGGUGAUUACGAAUUUAAGGGAACCGUCUUCGGCCUUGGAGCCAUGCACCGUAGCGGUCACUGGAACCUCACGCUGCGGGACUACGCGCAGACGACGCGCGUCAAACGGAGCGGCGCCGGCGUCGACGUGCAUGUCGAAGUAGAUCAUAUCGGCGGCAUGGAGCUACAUAUUGGGAACAUUCUGCGUGGAAACACUUUCUUAGAAAACAUGUUAGAUCGUGUGAUCAACGCGGCGUGGAAGCCGGGUUUCGCCGUCAUCAGGCCGCUCAUCAACGACCUCGUGAGCACGGCUUUCACCGACAUCUGGAGCAAAUCCUUCAGGGAUUUCCCGAUACAACAGUUCAUCAAGUAAAUGGAUUUUGAGGCAUGCCAUUGAAAACAAUCCUUCGGGGAUUUCCUUAGAACAGUUCAAAUGAAUUGUACUAAAUACCUAUAACUUGUAUGUAAAUGUUAUUCAUAAAAAUUCUAGCACCCCGAUCGCUAAUAACUGAACGGGAACGCAACUGAACUUCCAUCGUUCUGUCAGAGUUCAUACCCUUUUCGGUUUCGUUUCUCAAAAAUUGUUAUUUUCACAACGGUAAUAACAAAUGUUGGUACACUUUAGUAUUACGAUCUAGAAUCUACCUUAAAUCAGAAUAAUACAUAGAUAGUCCGAUUUCUAUGAAGCUACCAACUAUUUCCAACAAUAAAAAUAACAGAACGAUCGGUAGGUAUUCAACUGUGAUCCAUCUCAAGUUAAUAGCGCGAUUGGAAGUAGAAAAAUUGUUAAUGUUUUAUUUAGUUAUUGUUUACUGUUAAAUUGCAACAAGUUCACCAUAUAAUUGUUGUGAUAAAACUAGUCAUAAUAUGGUGCAUAGGAAUAUUGUUAAAUAAAAGACAAAAUUAUAUUACAUAUCUCAAUAUUAUAUUUAUUAAAAAAUAUAACCUAACUAUA